AUGGACAGGAUUACUGACCUACCGGACUCCCUCAUCGGCCACAUUCUGUCCUUCCUCCCCACCAAAACCGCCGUUUCCACCAGCCUCUUCUCUCGCAGGUGGCGCUACCUCUGGCAGCAUCUCCAAGACUUCAACUUCCAACUCGACGAGGACGAGGACGAGGACCAGGGCGAGGGCGAGGGCGAGCAAUACCACUGGUCCUUCAUGCACUUUUCUGCUUUCGUAAACGGAGUUCUUGCGCAGCGUAGGAUUCGAGACAUCCGAAAGUUCCGUCUCUUAUCCAGCUACGCCGGUGAAGGCUCGUUCCAUGAUCGUUCUCUGAAUUACUGGUUGCUUGCCGCCAUUGGACCUCAACUCCAGGACCUUGAUCUUUCUUUGUAUGCUCUGGAUCCAUACAACUUCAUGUGGUUUCCUUCUUCCAGCGUGCUACGUGGCAUCUUCACUUGCAAUUCUCUCAUUUCACUCACUUUGGACGGUCUCAUAGGCUUAAAGAAUAUCUCGUCUGUUCAUUUGCCAUCCCUCAAGACCAUGAGACUCUCCAUCCGUGGAGAGUUUCCCACGGACAAAAUUUUCUCUGGAUGCCCGGUCCUCGAAGAUCUUUACCUCCAUUUUAACGUAAGAAAUGCGUCCAAGAUAAUUUUUCCUAAUUCCUUGAAGAGGGUGAAAGUUCAUGGAGAAUACCAGGGGGAAGAGGAUCUCUAUUAUAUACAUAUGCUUCUAAAUGCACUCAACAGAGGAAAAAAGCUCCACCUGCGUAGUUCGGCAAUAGAGUACAUACUUGGUGCCCCAGCUUUUGAUUUUCCGGAAUUCAGUUGUUUACUUCAUCUAGAGCUAGAAUGUUUCAACCCUACUCUAAUUAUAAACCUGCUUUGCAAAUGUCCUAAGCUUCAAGUUCUCGAGAUGUGUAGUGAUGGGCAGAUUUCGACUGUGCCAACCGGUAAUUCUAGCAGCUGGACACCCCCUACUUGUGUUCCUGAUUGUCUUGCAUCACAGUUGACAAAAAUUGAAUUCAAAGGAUAUAAAGGUUCUAAAGAUGAGCUGGGAUUCAUUGCCUAUAUCUUAAAAAGUGGGCUUGUUUUGCAAACAGUUACUGUUCAUCUUGAUUGGCUUAAGAAUGAAAAGGGCAAGAGCAAGAAAAAAUACAAUAUCACUACAGAAUUGUGUGCCAUCCCAAGAGGUUCCAACAUGUGCCGAAUUGAAAUUAAAGACUCAGACAUAUUCCCUUCUGGUUUUGAGUAAGUUGACGAUUUCACACAUUACACAUUUGGUUGACUUGAUCUACCAUGGAGGGGAUGAUAGUCUAAUUUCCUAGGAAAGUGGGAAUGGUACUUGGUUAGUUUAGAGACAAUUUUUUGUUUAUCUUUUAGUAGUUUCAUUUAUAUUUUGCUGAUUAUUGUAAUAUUUAUUUGUAAACAAUUUUAUAAUUUUUUAAUGUGUAC